GUAGUUUUAUUACUGAUCCAAUAAAUUAAGUGUUUUCCGCGCUCGGCUAGUUGCGCCUGGUGAGGGCUGAUCAGGCCUGUGAGAUGAUCGCGGAGAAAUCGAUGAAAAUACGGAAGUGCUGUGUUAAGAAGUGGGCAGAAUAACAAUAAACACAUUAAACAAGUCUGGAACAUGCUGAUAGGACCAGGUGGAAAUGCGGCUCGUGUACACCUGAUGAUGUCAUACGGUGUAUUCUAACAAGGUGACCUUUGACCCUUCAUCGCGUCGUUCACCAUGCCCGCUGUCAGAACCUGUUCAGGACGCCUGCCGUGGUAACUCGCCCGCAGCCAUGUCGUCCCCCUGCUCAGCCCCGCCCCCUGGAGGGACGGGAGACGAUCCUCGCCAUUCUUCAGAGCGCCACGCCCACCUGCUGCUGGUGCAGAUGAAUAAGAUGCGUCUGCACGCGGAGCUGUGUGACGUGCGCCUCCUGGUGGGCGGACGGGCGUUUCACGUGCACAAGUUGGUCCUGGCGGCGAGCGGUCCGUAUUUCUCCGCCCUCUUUAACUCUGCGAUGAGCGAGGCCCGCGAGGAGGAGGUGCACAUCGCCGGGGUGGACGCGGACGUGUUCGAGUCCCUGCUGGAGUUUAUAUACACAGGCUGCGUGGAGCUGACGGUGGACAACGUUCAGGACCUCAUGAUGGCGGCGGACAUGCUGCAGCUCGGCGAGCUGGUGCUCAUCUGUGGAGAGUUCCUGAGGAGCCACCUGGACCCGAGUAACUGUGUAGGAGUUUAUCAGUUCCUGGAGCAGAUCAGCUACAACGAGCUCCUGGAGUUCACGCAGAACUACAUCCACGCCCACUUCCUCCAGGUGUGUGAGGCGGAGGAGUUCCCCAACCUGUCGAAGGACCAGCUGGCGUGUUUGCUGCGCAGUGAGGAGCUGCGGAUCGAGGACGAGUAUCAGGUGUUCACCGCGGCCAUGAGCUGGCUCCUGCAUGACAUCACGCACAGGAAGAAGCACGUGGUGGAGAUCCUGGAGCCGAUCCGCUUCCCUCUGCUCUCGCCGCAAAGACUCUAUGCCUACAUUGAGGGUGUGAGCGACUUCAGCCUGAGGGUGGCGCUGCAGACCCUGCUGAGGGAAUACACGGAGACGACGAAAACCCACAAAGACGCCAAAACGGUCGUGCAGCCGACCAAAACCCGGCCUCGGAGGAAGGCACGCAAAUACCUCUACGCUAUCGGAGGUUACACUCGUCUGCAGGGGGGGCGUUGGAGUGACAGUCGAGCGUUGAGCUGCGUGGAGCGUUUCGACUCCUUCAGUCAGUUCUGGACGACCGUCUCCUCUGUCCAUCAGGCCCGCAGUGGGCUGGGCGUCUCUGUCCUCGACGGGAUGAUCUAUGUCGUCGGAGGUGAGAAGGACUCCAUGAUCUUUGAUUGUACUGAGCGCUACGACCCCGUCACCAAACAGUGGGCCGCUGUCGCUUCACUCAACUUUCCACGCUGUGGAGUCGGGGUGUGUCCAUGCCACGGGGCUCUCUAUGCACUCGGCGGUUGGAUCGGUUCUGAAAUCGGGAAGACAAUGGAGCGUUACGAUCCGGAGGAGAAUAAGUGGGAGGUGAUCGAGAACAUGCCCAUACCACGAUACUACUUCGGCUGCUGCGAGCUACAAGGUUCCAUCUACGUGAUUGGCGGGAUCAGUGACGAGGGGACAGAGCUUCGUUCCGCCGAGGUCUACGACCCUAUUUCCCGCCGCUGGCGAGCGCUGCCUGUCAUGAUGACACGGCGGGCAUAUGUGGGUGUGGCCUCACUCAAUAACGCCAUCUAUGCAGUGGGGGGUUGGAAUGAGGCUCUCGGCUCACUGGACACUGUGGAAAAAUACUGUCCUGAGGAGGAGCGGUGGGUGGAGGUGGCGUCCAUGUCGGUGGCACGCGCCGGUGUUAGCGUAUCCGCCGUUAACGGGCUGCUGUACGCUAUCGGAGGACGGAACUCCGGGCGUGACUUCUCCGCUCCGGUCACUGUGGACUCGGUGGAGAUUUACGACCCGCUCCUGGACACCUGGACUGAGAUUGGGAACAUGAUCACGAGCCGCUGCGAUGGGGGCGUGGCUGUGCUCUGACAUGCCCCGCCCCUUCACAUGUUUACAAGUUAAUGUACGCCUGUUAAAUGAAAUACUUGAGGAGCGUGGCGGUCUCUGUGGUCAUACUUGAACACGACGGUGCUACGCCAACGAGCUGGAGAAUUCAGUUACAACUUUGUGUUAAUGUUACAGGCGUGGUGUUCUGAUAGGGGCGUGGCUAUGCUUUCACUGACUCCGCCUCUUUUCACGCCUCAUGCUUACGUCGUGAGUCAUCGGUUUUUAACAUUUUGUCUGAAGUUUAAUAUAAGUGUGAUAUAAAUAGAUGUUAAUCUAGAAGAAAAAGGUUUCUAAACAUUUCAAACAAAGAUAUUUAGUGUAUUUUUAUUGCUGUAAUGAAAGACUGUGGUGAUGUUUGUUUGUUUGUUCUAAAAUUUGUCACUUUAUCCGUCGCACGUUUCUUCUUUUGCUGUAUUUAAGCACCACAAUGAGAAAUUUCAUCCGUAAUUGUUUCUUGUUUACAGCUCAACUUGUGUUUCAUUUCAUCAUGAAAAUAUUCUAUGCUAGCAGACUGGCUGAUUAGCAACUCACUUUGUAUUAGCCUGCUAAAUUAAAUUCGCAUGUGUGUAGGUUAAUUCUGUACUCCUAGGGACGGAUUAGUGUUCUGGAUGCGUGUCUGUUGAACGUCGUUCCAUCACAAACGAAUUGAUUCGAUUGACAACUUCGUCGUGGGCUAAUCCGUUAGUGCAUCACAUCUUAAUCGUUAGUAAUCGCCGUGGGCGUUGCCCAUAACGUGUGUGUGUUCCUGUGUUACAGUAGGAACUCACUU